AUGCUCCAAGAGGUGAUCCAGGUUUGCAAGUGUUACAAGAACGUCUUCGUGCAGUGCGAGCUAUGGUGUGACGAGAUACUGCGACGCGUGACUCGGCCCUGCUGUACCUGCUCGCGACAUGUAUCGGUGCAGGCCUUGCAAGACCUCGCGCCCGGGGAGAUCCUGUGCACCACACCAGGCAGUUCCCGCGUCUUCGCACCUGGCGUGGAAAUAUCCAUCGCACCUUGUCCAAAAAUGGCUAAACGCAAACGAAAAGAUAGCCCCGCAGCAAGCCAUACUGCUUCUCCCACAUCUGACAACGAAAACCAAAAUCCAAUUACUUCCUACGUCAUGUAUUCCACUUCACACAAACGUUUUGGUUACGAUUCCAUGCAGGCAUCAACGAGCUCUUGUGGUUCACCGUCUCGGACACCAAUGUCUUUAAGUCCUUUGCAACUUUCGAAAAGACCUUCCCCGGUCAAAGCAAUCUGGCAAGAUAUUCACACUGGAAAUGUAAACUUUUAUCAACAACAACAAGAACAAAUGCAGGCGUACGAAGCUGAAAAUAAGAAGCGACUACAUGGCGAUCAUCAGCCAUCAGUUUCUGAGUUCUCUUCAAGUAGCAACAAUGAAUUCGGGCAAUCAUCCAGAUCAGAAUCGCCAGUCAACACAUGUCUCUCUCCACAACUUACUUCGCCGAUGAUAAGUAACAUUCAUAUGUCUGACACGUCUAAAAUCUGCUCGUCCUCCCGUACUCCAAUUACAUCGACUGAUCAGAUGGCUGACUGGCACGCCAUGAUGGUCAGUCUAAUGUGGAACCUUCAAGCAUGGCGUGAUUGGAUACAGGAAAUUUUUGAUCAUGCCUUGACAUACCACAAUACUCCGAGCACAAGGGACACAUGGUCAUCAUUUCAAAGACGGAUUACGACUGAGGCCCUACAAUGGCGUCAGUACAGUGUAUUCUGUCAUCAACUAACAACUCGUCUUCACACACGAUACAAGGAUAAAGAAUUCUUGUCUCCGACGCGCCCCUCAGCUCAAACAAAGACUUAUAUAGCUUGUCAAGAAGAAAUGUUGAAAAUUAUUGAAAUGUUUAACAAUUGGACAAAAUGGCUGACGUUGGUGAUCAAAGAAACAAAUAGAUUGGAUCAAAUGUCUAGCAGUGACGUUCAUUUACACCAAACGUCUAAGGUGCUUCCAGCAGCGUUAUACCCUUCAAAACACUGCUGCUUAGUUUACGCUGACGGCACAGUCCACAAAUAUACCAAAUAUCAGGUAAUGUGCAACGCAGAAGUUCGUUGGGUGGCAUGGCGAGCUGGUGCAGUUGACGGACGGACAGUUAAAGUUGCACCGGGAGUAUAUGUAGGCAGAGUCCACUACCGCGGUAAUCACCUUCUGGGAGCCGUGUACGAACCACACUAUCGCUGCCACGUCGUCAUCUUCGGAAGACCAUUUGCUUUCAACUGCUAUGAGCUUCUCAUGCUCGCAAGAGAUGAAGAGACAUUCCUUUGA